UGGACCUCUGUUCUGGCAUCUCUCUCUCCACCUACAUCUCUCUCGCUCACUCUCUCUCUCUGAGUGUCUCUCCACCCCUCUCUCUCUCUCUCUCUCUCUCCCACCCAGACAGCCUCUUCCCUCCUCUCCGCCGCUGGAGAGCUCAGUUGACCAGCGUCGCAACCGAGCGAUGCGCCUCCGGGAGAUCCUCUACCUUUGUGCGGCGGGUUUGACAUUCACAUCGCAGCCUACAGCCAUACAUCUGACUGACAUUUAGUUUUUACUCCAGUCUAAUUCUCAGAGAAAACUAUUCACAGGACAAGGUUUUCGAUUGCACAUCUGAAAACUGACCUCUCGCAACAGGCAUUUUCCCUCCUGAACGAUCCCCCUGUGGGAGGAUUUGCUUUCCAAAUACCGAUUUCUUUUGUUUUGAAAAAAGCCAGUGACAACUGAUAACUUAAUCGAAGAUGGUACGGGAAACGCCGGACAAACUCGCUUGAUUUUGGUAAAUCGUGUCCUCAGUUUGUGUCUAUUGGAGGCUCGAAAGCAUCUUCAGGCAGACUACAGGGAGCAGAGGAGGCUGAUUGACUGUCUACAGGCUGUUAAAGGUGGUCAGCACUAACCAGCAGCCAUGCUGUCAUUGGACGAGCCGCUGGAUUUGAAGCUUCCCUCAGGACGGACAGAUGGUCCAGUGAGAUUGGGAAAGAGGGCAUAUCCUUCCUCUAUCUGUGCCCCCCUCAGCACCACACGACCACGCCUGCUAUGUACCACCUUUCCUUCACCGCCCUCCUCCCCAGAUUCCCAGUCUUCCUCUCAAGAGCGACCCGGGUCCUGCUUCACUCCUCCGGCCAUGGACCUCAGCCUGUCCCCCUCCUCCCGCCACACCUCCUCCCUCUCCCCAUCUCCUUCCUCCCCCUCUUCCCCCUCUCCUUCCUCGCCCCUGGAAUCCCCUCACAGCAGCAGCAGCCCUCAGCCACAUCUGUUCUCCAGGGAGGCAGCUCGUCAUCAAGGUGUGGAGGGCGGAGCUUCCCCGCAGGGUUAUCCGUUUUAUCUGCCGAUCGGAAGCCCACCGAGGGGCUACAGCUUCCCCUCCUCCAUGUUCAUCGGGCAGAACAGAGAAAAGCAAGUUUCACCAGAGCCCUCACUGGACGGUCAGCUGGCCUGCCGCUGGAUGAAGUGCCACCUGCUGUUCGACUCGCUGCAGGACUUGGUGGACCACAUCAAUGACUUCCACGUCAAACCUGAAAAGGAUUCUGGGUACUGCUGCCAGUGGGAGGGCUGUGCUCGAAACGGGAGGGGCUUCAAUGCCAGAUAUAAAAUGCUGAUUCACAUCCGCACACAUACCAAUGAAAAGCCGCACCAUUGUCCUACCUGUAACAAGAGCUUCUCACGUCUGGAGAACCUGAAGAUACACACCCGCUCACACACAGGAGAAAAACCCUACAUCUGCCCGUAUGAAGGCUGCAGCAAACGUUACUCCAACUCUAGCGACCGCUUCAAACACACCCGCACCCACUAUGUUGACAAGCCUUACUACUGCAAGAUGGCAGGCUGCCUGAAGCGCUACACAGAUCCCAGCUCCCUACGCAAGCACAUCAAAGCCCAUGGGCACUUUGUUGCCCAGGAACAAGGUGCUCCGAGCAGGCUGGGGUCGGGGCUGGGCGUCCCCGGGCACCAGAGCGUCGCUGAACUUCCCUCUGUAGGCGGAGCCCACAUUAUCAUACCUGGAGCUGCUGCAGCUCUUCUUGGGGGUCUUGGGACCUCUCUGCCUCUUUCUGCUUUCUGCCACGCCAGAGCUAUGGGGCACCAUGGGGCACCACUCUUUUCUGUUGGAGGCGGCAGCGGCAUGGGGCCCCUAGGUCUCUCGGACUCCCCUCUGUUACACUUUGGACUUUCAGCUGCUUCGAUGUUAGGGCUGGGAGCUCUGGGAGGUUUGCGGCGGAUGGCGGGAAAGGAGAUGGAAGGCGAAGAAGAAGAAGAGGAAGGAGAGGAGGGGGAGGUGCUGAACCUGUCUGCAGGGGUGGUGCCGCCCAGACGCAGUGACCCUUUGUCCUGGGUGGUUGUUCCCCCGAGGGCGCUCCUCCUCAAACCAGCUGUUGUCAGCUAGGUUGUGCACUCAGCAAUUCAAAAAGAACCAGGAAGUGUGUGUUUGUGGUUUUCUGUGUCUGUGUUUGAGUGCAUGUGAUGUCUGGGUGUGUAUGUUCACAGACAUACAAGAUUGUGGAGAGUGUGUGUGUGCAUGUGAGAGAUCAAAGGUCGCUGUCACCUGCAGAGCCAUAAAAAGCACUUCAGUCAUUCCAGCCCAGUAACAAACGAGGACAGACUGAAAAGUACAUAAGUCUUUGUGUUGAGUGUACAAAGCAAGACCUCUGAGUGUCUGGUUGCACCAAGUUCUUGCACCAUGCAUGCUUUAGCUGUCUCACAAUGUAAAGGGUAAGUUCACCCAAAUUUCUAAAAAAUAGAUAAUAUAUUAUCUUGACGCUUCUGUUUUUUUCUGCUGAGAUUUUGAGAUAUCCUUCUCGGAUGUUUGCCGAAAACAGCUUAAAAAAGUACUAUAUGGAUGUAUCAAUAACUUUUAGAUGGAUUGCCAUGAGAUUUUGUACAAUCAUUCAUGGUCCUCAGAUGAUAAAUCCUACUGACCCUCACUUUUUAUCUAGUGCCAUCAUCAGGUCAAUAUUUUUAUUUCCCCUCUAGGGAUAAUUUGCAAAUGUUAGCAUGCUAGCACGCUAAACUAAGAUAGCAAGGUAACAAAAUAAAUCUUACACCUGUUCAAGGUGGUGGCAGAUGUAUUAGAGACAGAUAUCUCAAAAACCUAGGGGCAGAAAAAAACAUCUCUCUGCAUGGUUUGAUACCACACAAGUGAGAAAAUGUGUGAUUUGGGUGAACUUAACCUUUAAUAUUCAUGCUCCACCCACAUCCUUCAUCCUACCCCUUGACUUCAUGGGCAAUAAGCAUUUUACAGCAGACAAUCACCUGUAUUAGAUUUACUAAACCAGGUCAUGAACAAAGAGCAGGUGCACUAAUCAUUCUACAGUUUUAAUGUUUGACAACCCCCACUGACUGCUUCCACGGACCCAUAUCGUGCACUCCCAAUAAAAAAUGGAAAAGCAGGAUUAUGGGGCGCAAUGGGAAACACAGUCCAUACGUAAUAAUUUAAUGUAAAAUGAAUGAAUAUGUGUUGUAGACUUCAUUAUGAUAUACUUAUGUUGCAUCCAUUUGUAUAUUUCCUUCAGAUGAAGUAAAGAUUUUGUGCAGUUAAGGUUAAAUUUCAAAAUAAGAUAUCAGUCUUUUGAAAAUUUGACACUGACUUCCAUAACAUGACGGCCGGCAUUGAGAUAUUCAUGUGUUUGAGAAGAUAAUUAUGUGUUUUUGACAGAUUUUGCACAUUCGUCUACUUACACAAAAAAGGUUUAGGGCAAUUUGGAAUCAAACCACUCAAAGUCUGACUCACAGUUUUAGUUUUGUUUAAGGAGUUUCUGUGGCUUUAAUUUGGUGCAACAGCUGACGUGCUAUUUGUGCACUUUGAUGAUCCCUUCUCUGCUUAAUUUCCACGACCACAGCAAACAAAGUAAUUACCCCCCUUGAGGAAAACCAAACCUCCUGAGGCCUAAUGCCACACAUCCUAAUUUAUGUUGUAGUUAGGUCUCUGAUUCACCAGUCGUAAAGGGAUCUCAGUGUGGCUCUAAGCUUCUCUAUUGUUUGUAACUCAGAGAGACCUUGACUCAGAAUUGGUUUGGGACAUUCACAACUCUACGAUGUGUGAUGAAAGAUUAUAAUCCACACAGAGCUAUCUGUUUGACCGUGUGAUUUUUGAAGUCGCAAGAAAAAACUGUGUUGACGUAAGUGAAUGUAGGUUUGAGGUUAACUCGGUUGCUUGCAGUUUAUCAUAGCUACUUUCUUGCUCUCCUUAUCAUUCCAAGACAACGAUCUCACCAGGAUCAGCCCCACGUUUUAGACAAGACCAACUGAGGAACACAUUCAACUAGGGACAGAAUAGACAAAGGUGUGUAUUAGGCAAUAAUGGGUACACAUUUGCUUUAGAUGAAACGUACACAAGCCAAUCAAUGGUUUCUGUUUUUGAAGGGGAAAUAUUUGACAAUGGCCACAUGAGGCCUGUAUCUGUGGUGUUUUAUCUUGUACUCUUGUUUGCACAAUGAUUUAUCCUAGUCAGUAUUUCAAAGGUGUCCAAGUGCCUUGUGUUUCAACUGAAAUAUAUUACACAAUAUAUGAAAACUAUUUACGCAAAUGUAAAGUGUAUAAAUGUACUUUUCAUUGCAUUUUAGAAAACUGAAUUUUCAUAACUUGACAACAGAUGUGAUUUGUACAUCAGGGCCACUGCAACACUUUCUAAGGACGUCACCUGUGUUGAUGAUUAAUGACAACGACUCUAUGUCAAUAAACGAAUGAAAGAAAAUCCA